ACCAGGGAAUACAAUUUUUAAUACAUCAUUUGGAAGAAUUGUGCCUUGGAAACAAUGUCAAUUGUAUGUUAUCUGCCAGCUGGCUGGAUGCUAGAUCAUCUCUCCUUCAUAAAUAAAUCUGGAUACUAUUUUUGCCACUCCCUUGAGCAUUUGGCCCAGGAUUCUUUUGACAAUACUGUUAUCCCUGCUUCCUCAGGUACAGUUCUGCUUCCCAUAAAAUCAUGUACAAAAGGUUUUGUUCCUGAAUUUAGAAACUCAGGAGAAAAAUCUGAUCAGAUGGUAAAGCGAUACAUAUUUCGGGAAGAAUUUUUUAACAUACUUAAGCCCCAUAUUGCUGCAAGCUUCCAAAUGGAAAGGCAUGGCAGGACUAAUCUAGAAACUAGUGAAUCAGAACAGCAGAAGAGUGCCAAGGACAACAAGCCUGUUAUUACAGUUAAAGCUAAAAAGAAACGAAAAAUCAAUGAACUUAAUCAUGGUGAAAGUGAUAUCUUAGAGUAUCAUUUAAAGAUCAGUGGCAUAAUUUUGGAUGGGGCCAGAUGUUUAAUCCAGGAAGCACGCAGGAGUGGUUUCCUUCAGCCUAGUUCUACAGAACAGUUUUGUGCCAAGACCUCUGACAGAGGGCACAGUGAUUGCAGUUUGGCUGAGCUGUGUGAGAUGGCCAAGAGUUUCGUUCCUUUGAAUGAAAGAGAGCAAAAAUGUGCAAGAGACAAGGAAACCUCUGUCCCAGAACAAGUUCAGUUAACCUGUGUUACUGAAAAUAAUACAAACAAUGCAAAGAUGUUAACACUAAUGGGACAGGAGUACUUGUUUCCCCCCAGAAGUGCAUUUCUUUUAUCAGAUAUUUCAUGUAUGCAGCCACUUUUGAAUUCUAAAAAAAAGUAUGGCAUAAUUGUUAUAGAUCCACCUUGGGAGAACAAGUCUGUUAAAAGAAGCAAUAGGUAUGGUUUCUUGUCUCACUGGCAAAUCAAAGGAAUUCCUGUGCCAGCACUGGCAGCUCCGAAUUGUCUUGUGGUCACAUGGGUGACCAAUAGACAGAAGCACUUACGAUUUGUAAAGAAUGAGCUUUAUCCUCACUGGUCUAUACAUGGUGCAGUCGAGUGGUUCUGGGUGAAAAUUACAAAGUCUGGAGAAUUUGUGAUUCCAUUAGAUUCUCUUCACAAAAAGCCUUAUGAAAUUCUUGUACUGGGCAGAGUGCAGGGAAAUACAGAUGUACCGUUAAGGCUUUCAGAAGAUGAAGAGCUUCCUGCAAUUCCUGAUCAGAAAUUAAUUGUUAGUGUACCUUGUACUCUUCAUUCACAUAAGCCUCCUCUUUCAGAGAUUCUGAAAGAAUAUACCAAGCCAGAUGUAGAAUGUUUGGAGCUGUUUGCUCGGAAUUUGCAGCCUGGAUGGACCAGUUGGGGCAAUGAAGUCCUCAAAUUCCAGCACUUGGACUACUUCACUGCUUUACAGGAUAAUAGUGACUAGUAAUACUUAAUUAGUUUUGAAGGAUUUUGUUUCUGUGUUCUGAAUUUCAUCUUUGCUAACCCUAAUCUACAUUUUGAGAAGUAGUGUGAAAAACCUAGAGUGGUUUUCAAGGGCAGCUCCAUAUAAAGCAAAUCAUUAUAAUCCAAUCAAAAGAUAACAAGGAUGGAGCUUGGUCCUCCAUGCUGAGGUUGUGGAGGACCAAGAUCUUACUACAGACUGACCUGGCAUUUGAUAACAGUAAUCUGAGGCCAAGGCAGCCAGUAAUUUGAUAUUUAGGACCCUUGCUGGAACAGCCCACCCAACGUCUCACAUCUCCUGUCAGUCACAGUGGUAUUUUGCCUCUUGCUCCCAUAGUCCUCCCUGCAGUCCCUAAUUCUGGAUCAUCCCUGCAUAUCCAGCCUCUGGCUCUUUGAAAAAUUGGCCAAUCCCUGGCUGCCAUCAUUGAAAAAUUAUUUAUGUCAUUUAAAUGUUACAUAUUGCCUCUUUGUAACUUCUAGUUCUGUUAUUAGAAGUGUUUUACAUUUUAUGUUUUGAUACUGUACAUUCCUUUCUACUUUGAAAAAAAGAGUUAAAAAUGAAUGUAAAAUUUACCUUGGUAAUUUUUAGCGUUAUCUGACUUAGAAAUAAUGGCUUUAAAAAGGCAAUUAAAGCCUCUCAUAAUAUCCCAUUGAAAACAAUAUUUUGAGCAGUUUUGUUUAUUGGUUCCUCAGAGUUUUGGUCAGGAUUAAUUUCAGUUGGAUUGAAUCCUAUGUCUAUGCUUUAAUUAUUUCUUUCUCUCUUAUGUACCAGAAUUGAAUUUUACUCAACAUAUAUUUUUCUGAUAUUAGAUCUUCUUAAAAAUAUGUUUCUUACAGUGGUUAUUUCAAUAAUUAAAUUAUGUUUUACAGCAAUAAAUGUAGGAGUUCUUUUCUCGCCUUAGGCUUCAGCCUGAAAAAAAAUUCCUAUGUUUAUAUAUGCAAGACUGAAGAAAAAAUAACCAUUAUUUAAAAGAAAGGAAAACAAAUUUCGUGUACGACAAAGUAGAUAACCUUUAGAAUGCUACUGUGUGUUCACAAGGGUUUGUGAGAAGGGUUUGUUUGUAUUUUAAUAAAAAAAAUCCAGAAACAUUUUUCCUUGAUACAUUAUGUACCAGCCUCAAUUUUUUUA